CCGCUCUUCACAAAGCACUCGGACGACCAGCACAUCGACUUCACUCGAACAAUCCACCAUGUCGCGCGAACAGUACACUCCUCCCGCCCUCAGUGGCAGCCAGAACACGAGCAACCCCGGCGCCAACACCUCGCAAGGCGGCUUCAACAUCACCGGCGGCAGCACCUUCGAGGACACCUCCAAGCCCGUCAACUACUUGUGCGGAGACUGCGACACCAAAGUGGUGUUGAAGAAAGGCGACCCGAUUCGAUGCAAAGAGUGCGGAUAUCGAGUCUUGUACAAGGAGCGCACGAACAGAAUGAUUCAGUUUGAGGCGAGAUGAGCGGUGGUGGACCAGUGAACCCAUUUAUAAUUUCAGAGCGCAUAAGACAUUGCAGAGACCGCGAUAUGCAAUGCCCUUAGCAAUUGCGUCUGCGCAACGCAGCUUACACUAGCAAAAGACUACGCGAGGCCACCGAAAUGAGCAGACCGUAUUGGUACGACGACGCAGGAUCGGCUAGUGCCAUUUGAAUAUGGCCAAAUGGCCAAAGUGGAAAUAGAGGACGACGUGCAAAGAAUGGUUGGCGUGCUCCGAUUUGCACAAAAAAUCGUACGGCUGCGUGCUAGUGUUUGCUUCACGGAAGUGCGAUAUCAUCGAGCUAUCAAACGCAAGAAAAAUCUCCUUUGCGAGUGCCGGAGAUGAACUAGAAUUUUGUAGCCUCCAACCACUGCCAACAGCGGCAUUCGCACUUCUGUUAUCUGCAAGUAAUAGCUUGAUACGCACCAUCGUUAACGGAUUGCGGGCAAGCAUGCGAC